UGUAAAAUUCCCCGGUUCUGUCUUUUCCAUUUGUUCCCACGGAACAGCUCACCCCGCUGUCCGCGCACUGUCCGCGGCAGAUGGACACACGGGUGCACCUGCAGCAUUAGCGUCGUCCGUCACCGAAGGAACCUCCAGCUCCAACAACCACGCCCGCCCGCCGAACUGGCUGCUGUACCUACGAUUCCCAGCAAUCAACUGGAACAGGCGACAGACCACCCCCAAUUCCGGGCCACUGAACAUACCGCGACCGAAUCAACAACCAACAGCGCUGGCCGCAAACACAUCUGACGACAGACACGCACGAUACGAGACACAGAAAUAAACAAAGCGAAGACCCCCAACCCACCACGACCAGACAGGGGAGCUUGCGGAGCAUCACAUCAGGGCAUCAGGGAACUACCGGCAACACGACCACGACACCCGGACAACAAUCAUGAGCUACUACUUCGCCAUCAUUGGCACCCAAGAUAACCCGCUCUUCGAGUAUGAAUUUGGCACCAGCAAACAAGGCGGCGACGGCAUGGCGCGCUUCACGGAACAAGCGCGACAGCUCAACCAAUUCAUCAUCCACAGCAGUCUGGACAUCGUCGAAGAAGUCCAAUGGACCAACGGGCAGAUGUACCUCAAACUAGUCGACCGCUUCUUCACCUCGUACAUCUCCUGCUUCCUAACCGCCUCCAACAUCAAAUUCCUCCUAUUGCACCAGCCCCCCUCCUCCUCGUCCUCCUCUGCCCUCCCCCACCCCUCUUCCUCCGCCUCUACUUCAACCCCCUCUCUAGUUUCAUCCUCCCAAUCAUCAACCUCCGUAAUCCCUUCUCUAUCCACGCUCACCGGUGGCUCCAACUCCUCCACCAGCACCCUGACCGGGGGCACCAGCCGAACCUCGACCUCGAUAGCAGCCAACCCGACCUCCCCACAAACCGAAGAAGCGAUACGGAAUUUCUUUGCCGAGGUGUAUGAGAAUUACGUGAAAGCCAUCAUGAGCCCGUUUUACAGGACGAACAUGGAGAUUCGGAGCCCGGUUUUUCGGGCGAGGGUGGCGGCUGCGGGGAGAAAGUAUUUGUAGGACAGAUACGGGGGCAGUAAGGGAGCUGGGGUGACAGCUGGGAGGGUGGUAAGGUGGGAGAGUAGUAGUUGGGGGAGGGCCAAGGGGAGAGAACAGGGAGAGGUCAUGGCUAUGGACGGGGUCAUGGAAGAGUGAAAAGAUAAGGCAAAGGAUGAGGGAAGGGACGGUGGGGAUGCUGAAUUUGUUAAGAGCAGGGAGCGGCUUGGGUCGUUAGGGCAGACAAGAUUGGAGGCGGUGGUCCCGAGUGGAAAGGGGAUGGGGGGUCAGAUGUUCCUGGAGAGGGAGAUGUAGGGGACCAACGCAAGGGACAAGGGUGGAUGUGGGAUGUGUGUCUCUGAGGGUGACUGACUGUAGCCUGGUGUUGUGGUCACCAAGCAGAUGGAAAUCGAUUACGUAUCAAUGUGAUGACGGGACGAGGGACGAGAGAGGAUGUGCCGGUACGGUACUCGUAAUGUUUUAUACCCCUUGAAUUAGCUGGAAGGGUCGAAGGCAUUUCACUUGAUGCAUGCAGAUAGAGACGGGACGGCGAGCGGUAUCGUGUAGCCAUAAAAGAUCAAGGCUCCGUGUGCCUGGUUAAGUCAAAUGGCACACAACACACUCCGCACCGACGCAUUACACAUCACCGACAUUGUAGUAUUGGGCCAAAGCUGAGGAGACACGCUGCAGAGGACGCUGGAUUAUCAUGUAAAGUAAUCGAUGAUGACUAGCCUAUUACGUGCCCAUCACACAUCUUCCUUCUCUCAUUCGGGGACAGCUGGAAUUGAAAAAUGGAGAGAAGAAAUGCGCAAC